UGAUUUCUAACACCUUUUCGAAUGUCUGAGAGCGGCUCCGUGGUGUCUUUCCGAGAGUCAUGGGAGCGGUGGACUGCUAGCGUGACCUCACCUCUAGCGCCGGUCAAGAAGCUGAAGGACACAGUCGUAAAAGUUGCUGACAUCACUGAGAUAAUUGAAGAACUUCGGGAUGACGGCAAGCGAUUAGCGGUGGACUGCCUGGUUGAUUCAAGAGAUCCUCGAUCGUGUCCCGCCUGACGGCACAGCGGACGAGAGGGUAGAUGCGAUCAUUGAAGUACUUGCUAAGAAAGUAUCAGAGAUCGACAAAUUUCUGCGUUUCCGCCCGAAACGAACGCGUUGGGAUAUUUGCACCAGAAGGCAGAAGAUAUGGAAGUAUCAUGAGAGCCUCGAUGUUCUCUGGCUACGCUGCUUGGCGAGUAAAGCCGGCGGCAUGCGUGCGCUCCGGUACUUAAACUUGAACCGGGAGAUUCAUACUGUUCUAUUGCUCGACACGGCCGUUGGAUCGCUCGCUCAACAAGGUCCUUCCCUGAUCGAUAUUCCCACUACGUCGAACGCGUUUUGCAGCAGAGAAGAAGUGGUGGAGUCGAUCAUCCAGCUCCUGCUUCAGGACAACCCUUGCCGUGUGCCUCUGCACAGCCCAGGCGGAAUCGGGAAGACAUCUGUUGCAGUUGCGGCCAUCAAUGACGAGCAGGUCAAGGAGCGAAACGGACGACAUAUCUACUUUCUUGGCUGUGAAGCCAUUCAUUCCGGAGAAGCUCUGAUAAGCGCACUAGCAGGAUUCUUCAAGGUUCCACGCGAUCCGAACACAAGGACAGCCUUGCUCGCCCACCUUGCUUCCCUCGGUCGUGUGCUCCUCGUACUAGACAGUCUAGAGACUACGGCACAAUCAGACAGGCAACGUCUUGGGGAAUUGCUUGGCCGUUUCAACCGAGUUUCCUCGCUGUCAGUGGUCAUUACAAUGAGAGGAACGCAGGCGCCGGAGGGAUUGAACUGGAACGCGCUGGUUCCGCUUCAGAAGCUUCCUCUUCAAGCUGCGCGCCAGAUAUGGGUGAAUAUUUCGAAGAAGAUGGAUGACACAUUGAACGAGCUCCUCGAGAGACUGGAUGGACUGCCGCUCGCGAUUCAUCUGAUGGCACUGCAAGGGAAAGACCUGGCUCCGUCUGUCCUGUUGGCUGCGUCUGAGCGGGAAGCUUUCAAUCUGGUCAAGGCUACUGGCACGGGGCGAUUGCACGGCCUGGAAGCCUCGAUUCGACUUUCUCUCGACUCGAGGUUGAUAACGAAUGAGCGCCACGUCCAGCCAAUAAUCCCAGUCCUUUGCCUUUUACCCAAUUGAGCACAGAUCGAAUCGCCACCAGCCAUGAUGCCGUCGUUGAAACGGCACGUCCUAGCGACGGCAUCUGUCCUAUUGCAUACUGGGCUUGCUUACCCAGAGAACGGACGAAUGCGAGUUUGUUCCGCGAUUCGUGAUUUAUUUCUUAAACGGUACCCACCCAAUGGGAGACCACUGAAAGAUGUGGCAGAAUACCCCAUGCGACUUGCGAAUCGAGGAACGAAUUUGGACAAGAGGGUACCGCCGAAAUGGUCCAGAUGCUUACAGCAGAGUUUGGUAACAUCAACGCCGUCCUGUUGUACUUGUGCCAGGAAAUCGUUCCAGGGUUUUCUCUAACCGUGUACCUCAAUGCGACCAUAUCCUUGGCAUACUUCUCGAGGGUGACGGGACAUGGUGACCCUGUUAUGACAUUAAGAACGUACAUGGUGAAGUUGAGGCAAUCAGCAAGCACUCCUAGGAUUGUUGGAUUUGCAAAGACGGCACUCCUGCGGGUAUUCUUGGGGGAUGGACAUCAUGAAGGCAAUUCGCCAAGGCGUGGAAAA